AGAUAUGCGUUCAGUUCUUAUUGUUUGUGCACUUUUCGGCGUUGCUGCCUCCAUCGAAAUGUUUGGUCGCGAUCAGUCUUCUGCUGUUCGUGGAAAGUUGAUUUGUGAUGGUCGACCAGCUUCUGGAGUUUUGGUAAAACUGUGGGAUAAGGAUACUUUGGAUUCUGAUGAUCUUCUCGAUUCUGGAACCACGGAUGGAAAUGGAGACUUCCACCUUGCCGGAUGGACUAAGGAAUAUACCCCAAUUGACGUCAAGCUGAACAUCUACCACGACUGCAAUGACGGAAUUAAGCCAUGCCAGAGAAAGUUUGGAAUCAAGAUCCCAGAUUCUUACACCUCGUCAGGAAAGGUCCCAAAGAAGGUUUAUGACGCUGGAGUUAUUCAACUUGCCGGAUCAUACCCAGGAGAGAGCCGUGACUGUAUUCACUAAAUUUUUGUCUUAUUCUUCUAUUGACUUAUAGGCUUUUGUAAUAAAUUGUAACAUUUUAUUGUAAUAUUCUGCUUGAAAUCAAAGUUACAUAUUUAUGAAUUUGACCUAUCAUCAAAAACGAAUAAUAAUUUAAACAUACAACUUU